CCAACGGUUAAAUAGCUAUCCUUAAAUCUGCAACAACCAACAUGCGUUGUUCACUGUAGAACAAACGUUGUAAGUUGCAACCCUCUCAAAAACAUCAGAACCAAACAACAUACUUUCCGGCCACUUUAAUUUUCAAAAAAACUAACGUGAUGUUAGAUCUUAAUCUAAGUAUUGGGUUACUGUCUGAUUCCAUCACUUCAAACUCUUGUACCGGGAACGUUGAGGCGUCGAGUAACACCCGCGACGAUGAACACUCGUACUACUGCCCGAAUGUUGCGUAUCGGUUCGAUAUACUAAAAAGGAAUGACCCGGAAAAUUUUCAAGAGAAAGGGUCUAGUAGUGUUGCAAUGAAGCAAGUUUUUGUUGCGGAUGGGGGCUUUAUUCCGCACCGUUGGGUGGAUAAAGGUCGCGAAGAUCGAGUAUUCGUGCUAAGGCAAAAUCUCCACCAGCAGCAACAACAACAACAGCAUAUACAGCAGGUGAAGAGGAGUAGGAGGGGACCGCGGUCUAGAAGCUCGCAGUAUCGCGGUGUGACGUUUUAUCGAAGAACUGGAAGAUGGGAAUCACAUAUUUGGGAUUGUGGGAAACAAGUGUAUCUAGGUGGAUUUGAUACUGCACAUGCUGCUGCUAGGGCAUAUGAUCGCGGUGCUAUAAAAUUUCGAGGACUUGACGCUGAUAUUAACUUUAAUAUUAGUGAUUAUGAGGAAGAAUUUGAUCAGAUGAAAAACUUGACGAAAGAAGAGUUUGUGCAUCUUCUUCGACGUCAAAGCACAGGAUUCUCUAGAGGAAGCUCUAAAUAUCGAGGGGUUACUUUGCACAAAUGUGGUCGAUGGGAGGCCCGAAUGGGGCAAUUUCUAGGAAAGAAGUACAUCUAUCUUGGCUUGUUUGACAGUGAAAUUGAAGCUGCAAGGGCAUAUGACAAGGCAGCAAUAAAAUGCAACGGGAGAGAAGCGAUCACCAACUUUGAUCCCAACUCAUAUGAAGCCGAGCUAAGAAGUGAAAACAUCCAAUCUAUGGAUUUGAACUUGGGUAUUGCUCCCCCAUCUUUAACAGGAGGUAUUCAAGUAAAUGACAUCUUAGGAGACAUGUCUUCUCAGGCUGCAAGAUCUAUGGGAACACCAAACGCUCCUCCGUGUUGGGCGGUAUGGGGUGGAGCUACUGCAGCAUCAUCAGGAUUCGGUAAUUCAUCGUCGCCUGUUGCUGCUUACUAUCACUACAAUGCCACCAUGAUCCCGCCGUACUAUUGUAAGAGCUGAAAGUACAAGUAGAGGAAGCACACCCAUGACACAUCACCUUCACUUGUUUUCGUAGAGGAAGAGAUUGCAACAUUUUCUUGAUAAUGUGGAUUGAUAUAUGUUUACUCUUAUGUCAGUGUAAUAUUUCCUAGAGAAAUCAAUUGGGACAAGUUAUUUACUA